UGUCAGUCAGCGCUCCGGUAUUUCACAUAAGGGGUAGAUAUGUUGAACAUUUAAUGGUUGGGUUUGGUGACUUAAAUCUCGGGGAUUCACUGUCGAAUUAAAGUGUAAUAAACUGAACACCUAAGAAAAUACUGGGUCCAUGUGGUCAUGCAAAGGUACUGGUGGCCAGGUUUUGAGAAGCACCUCCUGGGCAAGCUGCAGAAACAACAAAACAAUGGCCAGUUCUGUGACACCCUGUUACACACUGAGGGUAUCUCAGUGCCCACCCACAGCUGCGUUCUCGCAGCUCUCAGUCCGUACCUGUCUCGGAAGCUGUCCGCCUCCCCGUGUCCUCCAUCUGGCCAGAAGCAUCAGCUUCAGCUCCACGCUGUGAAGGCAAAGACCCUGCUGAAACUGGUCAGUCUGCUGUACUCUGGGGAGCUGGAGGUAAAAGGAAGUGUCGAGCAGAAGGAUGUUAUGGCCUUAGCUCGCCGGUUUGAGAUAGCAGACCUUGUAGAGAGACAGAAAGGGGGAGGUUUGAGGGGAGCAGAAGUCCUGGAAAACAGGCAGAGUUUCUGCAGCUGCAGAGAGAAUGGCUUCCACGCAGAAGGAAGAAGAACAAGUGAUAAGUGGAGGCAGGAAGCACAAGUUCAGGCUGCAUUCGUUGAAAGGAAGGAUAGGGAAAAGAGAACUACAGGAACACAGACUGAUAAAGCUGUUGUUUCUGUUGAUCUUUCCACACAAACUUCACAUCCAACUGCAGAAUCUGCACCUUCUGUGGAUCCCAGUUUGGAUUAUUCUGUCUCGUUUCAACCCCAACACUUCACACUUGAUAACCAAUUUCACUUCACGUCUUGCUCAGUCAUUCCCCACAGGCCUGUCAGAGCACCAAGUGCUGACAGCUCUUCAUUAGAUCAAAUGUCUGGCAUUGUUAUAAAUCCUAUAGCAACUCCAGCCCUGUCCAGUGACUCCUUGACAGUCCAUGUUUCUGUCAAUAACAACCCAAAUGCCCCAAGGCACCAGGAAGAUGGCACCUGCCAGCAGUCAUCUGAGUUUGAGGACAGCUCACAGGUAUUGUCUGAGGACGGGACAGAUCCAGAGAAUGGAAAAAGGGAUGGAGAGACAACCAAGAACAGAGGAGAUACAGAGCAGCCAAGCGGGCCUCGUGAAGAUGGGAUGCCAGGAGGAGAAAGAGCAAAGUCUAGAGAGACGAGACCAGCACGUGUCAGUUUUGGUAUGAAGAGCCCAGCAAAGAUGAAACGGAUGCAGGAGAUGAUGGAGGACACACAUAUCUCCAUCAAGGUGAAGCUGAGGCGGCGGACCAAAGAACAAAUGUGGGAGGUGGUGAGCGUGCAAGACUCAGAUGAGGCUGUGUCAGUUCUUGCCUCACUCGAACAGGUUUGCCUUGACCCCACAAGAUCAAACACGGACCUUCCAAAUGUUCCACCACCUCCCUCUACUGACCAGACAAGCCCAGUACAGAACCCAGACUCUCAUUCCCUUCAGCCUGAUGCCAACAACUCCCAUAAAACACCACCACCACACCAAACCACCUCCUCUCAGUGCUUCACCUUGAACCAAAGAAAUGGCCUUGAAGGCUCCCCACUGCUCCAGUGUCAGGGAUCUGUAGAGGAGUCUGAGCAGAUAGAGAGGUUGCUGGAGGACAUCAUGAUGGGCCUCAACAUCCUACCCAACCUGGAGAGAGACUGCGAAAAGGCUCAUCAUCAUGUCCAACUGACAGCUUUGGAGGUCCCAGUUACACAUGAAGACAUAGAGCCUAGUCAGGUGCACAGUGCUGUCAGUGCAGCAGCAGCAGCAGCAGCAGCAGCAGCAGCAGCAGCAGGUGGGGCACAAAACUGCAACUCCUCAACAGAUACAGGUAUCCAGUGUUGUUUGACAUCAGAGAACCAGCCCAGCUGUUCAGGACUUUUUUCUGCGCCACCAGAUGCUGCGUUAAUCCAACAGCAGCAGGACUGCCCUUCACAGUAUCACCAAUCUGUUAGAUCCAUGUGGCAAAGAGAUGGAAGCAGCCAUCAGAGCCUGUUCAAAUCUCAACAGCGUUUACAUCCUGCUGCACCUAUAUCCUCAGCUUUCUUCUCCCCUGGGCAGAAAAUGCAUUUCCCAGCAUUCCCAGGACCAUCUCCCCGAGAUGGACAGCACAAUCCUGGGUUUUUACCCCUGAAGAAUGGAAAGGAGUUACAGUCCAUGCAUAAUCUGUCUUUACUUUACAUGGCUGAUAUGCGGCUUCCUCAAUGUCUUUCUCCAUUACCCUCAUUGCCAAAUCAUCCUUCUCUCAUCAACCCAGUGAACCUUGGUGAUAAAAUUCAGAAACAGCCAUCUCUAUAUGGGCGACCCUGGCUCACAGAAAACCCUGCAACACUUAAGAUUCCUCUGAGUACCAUAGCACAGAGUGCCCCUUUAACAAAGGAUACAAAUAGAGGCCUUUGGUUGAAGAAAAAGGAAAAUUUGAAUAUUAAUCAACAGAAUGAGGGAACCUGCACUGAAUCAUGUACCACAAAAGAGGUGGAAGAAACAGAGAAAUCUGCUUGUCAGAAAAAAUGUCCAGAGCCUAAACCUGAACCCAGGAAGAAGAGGAAACAUCGCACUGAAGCGGGAUCGGUACAACCUAAAAAGAAAAAGCAAAGGCCACAGGUCACCAGUCAUCCACCAGAUGCUGCUGCUUCUGUCUCAGAGCACAAAGUCAGUGAUGCAACAAAGAGUCAAAUCAGCCUGAGCAUUUGUCAAGUUAGUUUGUCAAGCAACAACGUGCUGGCGAAGGAAAGAGAAAUGGCUGCAAGUUCUUCAAACAUGCCGUCCAAAUUUGUUGGGAAACCAAACAAACCUUUGUUAGUCACAGACAGUCUGAUUAAGGAAUGCGGACAGUCUAGGAUGACUACCAACCCAACCCGGAUCAGAACCAGGGGUUAUUUAAAAAAAAAAGAUGACAAAACAAAUGCAAAUAUAGAUAAGAGUGUAGUUGCACCAUCAAUAAAAGUUGAGAGAAAUGACAAACCUGAUGAAGGUAUUAAUGACAGAAUCCCCGAACGAAACCCUGGAGUAAGAAAACCUGGGGCCACCAACUACCCACGAGUGGUCAUUCUGAAGGAGUUUCAAAAGCUUAUUAAAAUGCAACACUCGAAAACAACAAAGUCGAAGGAAAGACAAAGAAGAAAUAAAGUUGCAAAAGCUAUAGAAAGUGAAGUGAUGGCCAGCAGUGACGACACCGUUAAGCAAUCAUCUACGGGGUCAGAGGUGGAUGUAGACAUGGCUUGGCCCCAAGACACCAGUGAAGAAUCUCAGGAGGUUUUUGGUGUCGCGUUCGAUAAAAAUCACAAUCAAAUUUUCAGUCAAUCAACAUACAAGAAGAGCAUUUCACAGCGAGACAUCACUAUUGGUCAGGAGACCUGUGAGUCACGUGAUGAUGAUCGCACAGCGUUUCUCUUUGAUGGUAUGGAGGAAGAGGUGACCAAGGUGGCAGCUGAGAAGGAGAGGCCACCAAAGAAUCCUGAUGAAGGGACUACCUGUGAUGCAGGUCAGUUGAAUACAACAGAGCAGACUGCCGGGCACGAUGAAGUCUCAUCUCACACUGACCUGUCUCACAAAACUGGUCCUCCUCUGUUAGAGGCUUGUGGGAUCAGCAGGACCUCAGGCUGUGAGGAGGAAAAGGAGGAGGAGGAAGAGGAGGUGGAUGUUCUGCUUUACUCCCCAGUCAAAACACAGACGAAAGAAGAUGGACUCCAAAACAUGCACAUGAGUCCAGAUGAAGAGGAGGAAGACAUGAACGAGAUUGAUGUGACAGGAGAUGAGGCAGAGUGACGUUGUCACGCGUAUAGUUUUAAGUUCUCUGAGUUCCUGUUUUAUUUAAGUUCACACAGUUGUGUGGUGUGUCUGCAUCACAGGUUAUCCCAGUCAUUUGGAUCAGCAGACAAGGUUGACAGUGUUGUUUCAUUUUGAUAAUAAGGGAAAAAGGGUUCUUAAUGUUGUUUGCAUUAUAGGUUGUUAAUAAAUUUAAUAAUUUUACAUUUUGAGAGAAAUUUGAAUUGUCAGACUGAUAAAGUUGGAAAGCACUUCAGUAACAGCUGUUUAAAAAAGAAAUAUUCUGAACCUGUAUUUGUGUUAAUAACACGAUUAUGGUUUAUUAAAAAAACUGUUUGUCUUUUCAUG